AUGUAUCCGUGUUCCUGUGGUCAAAUGUACGAAUAUCCAUUGCAAGUAAUGGGCUGUACAAAAGCUGAUCACUAUCAACGACCAAAUAGCAAUAAUAACCAAGUCAUUCCAUCUCAAGGUCAAAGAGCUAGUGUUCAAACUGAACCAAAUUACAAUUCAAAUGUAUUACUAAAGGUGAUGGAACACCAGCAAUUUUUAACAGACAUCACAAAACAAUUUUUAUCAGGUUUCAAAACGGAAGUUGAAUGGGCGAAUAAUGUACAAGAAAAAACAACUGUGUUAAUAGCUGACGUUCAACAGAUCAAAGUUUAA